UAAGAGAUAUCUGAUAUCGUUCACUGUUGGCCACUGCGAGCAGUUUCAGACAACGGCAGUCGUCGUCUCGCUGUCUUCUUGGUGCGCCCCAUCUGUGUCUGUGCUUGCAAAAAUAUCUCAGCAUGCUUCUGGUACAGAUAUCUCCUGCGCUAUCUUCUAAUACUGGAUAGAAAUAUAUUAAUUAAUACGCUCUCUGUGAAGCAAUUCCACGAACACCUUCCGGGCAGUACAGUACAACACCUCUAUCACAUUGUAAAUCUUGCAUUAGCUUAAUAUCUCGCUUUUCGUUGUUUUCAUGAAUGGCUGUGAUGCUUUGGAACUUUUCUGGUAUAUGCUGCUGUGAUCAUAGUCGUAUCUUUUUGACCAAUGGUAGCUGUAACUCAUGUGUUUCGAGUUGCAGUAAUGAAUGCCUAAUAAAAAGGGGCAAGGUUGAUUCCUUUAGGGUUUUUCGAAACGGGGCAGCGUCGAGAUGGAAGAGAGCUGAGAAAAAGCGUAUUGAUUUUUUUGGGUUUGCCAUGAAGAAAUCGGAAGAAUUUGGUUCUAUGGGGGAUGAAUUCAAAAGCAACAUCUCCUCUAAGGAAAUAAUUGGACGUUUGAAGUCAAUCCAUGGUUUGGAUCAGGCCUUUUCUUUCUUUAAGGCUGUAGCAAAUAGGCCACAUGUUAUACACACUACUGAAACUUGUAAUUAUAUGCUUGAGCUUUUGGGGGAGCAGGGGAGGAUGGAAGAUAUGGUUGUGGUGUUUGAUUUGAUGCAGAAACAGAUUAUUUAUAGAAAUUUAGAUACUUAUUUGAUUAUAUUUAGGGCUCUAAAUGUCAGGGGAGGAAUUCGACAGGCUCCAGUUGCUCUUGAAAAGAUGAGAAAGUACAGGUUUUGUAUGAAUGCUUAUUCAUAUAAUGGAUUAAUACAUUUGCUUCUUCAAGCAAGUUUGUGUGGGGAGGCUUUAGUCAUCUACAAAAGAAUGAUCUCAGAAGAAAUGAAACCAAGUCUUAAAACCUACUCUGCUCUGAUGGUGGCAAGUGGUAGGAAAAGAGACACUGAAACUGUCAUGGGCUUAUUACAGGAGAUGGAGCAUCUGGGGUUGAGGCCAAAUGUAUAUACCUUCACCAUCUGCAUCAAAGUUCUUGGGCAAGCGGGGAAGAUCAAUGAGGCUUAUGAUAUAUUGAAGAGGAUGGAUGAUGAAGGAUGUUCACCUGACGUAGUUACCUACACAGUUCUUAUUGAUGCCCUUUGUAAUGCAGGAAAGCUUGGUGUUGCCAAAGAAGUUUUUAAGAAGAUGAAGUGUAGCCGUCACAAACCUGAUCGUGUAACUUACAUCACUAUGUUGAACAAACUCAGUGAUUGUGGUGAUUUGAGCUCUGUGAGGGAGUUUUGGAGCCUGAUGGAGGCAGAUGGUUAUAAAGCAGAUGUUGUCACUUUUACAAUACUCAUUGAUGCUUUGUGCAAAGUUGGAAAUGUUAACGAAGCAUUUAAGGUAUUAGAUGAAAUGAAGGAGUUGUGUAUCACUGCAAAUCUACACACUUACAAUACAUUGAUAUCUGGGCUUUUGAGGCUUCAGAGAGUGGGGGAAGCUUUAGAACUGUGUGAGAUCAUGGAAGUGAGUGGCAUCAAGCCAAAUGCCUAUACAUACAUCCUGUUCAUCGACUGCUAUGGAAAAUUAGGAGAAGCUGACAAGGCUAUUGAAACCUUUGAGAAAAUGAAAGCUCGGGGUGUUGCACCGACAGUUCCUGCCUGCAAUGCAUCACUGUAUAGCCUUGCUCAAGUCAGCAGGCUUGGAGAGGCAAGAAAGAUCUUUGAUGGAAUAAAGCAGAGCGGGCUUGUGCCAGAUUCUAUUACCUAUAACAUGAUGAUGAAGUGCUAUAGCAGUGCCGGGAAAAUUGAUGAAGCCGUUCAGUUAUUUACUGAAAUGAUAGAUGGUGGCAGCCAUCCUGACGUUAUGGUCAUCAACUCGUUGAUUGACACACUUUACAAGGCAAAUCGAUCAAAUGAGGCAUGGAAGAUGUUUUGCAGUAUGAAAGAAUUGAAACUUGUUCCCACUGUGGUAACUUACAACACUUUGUUAUCUGGAUUGGGGAAGGAAGGCAAAGUUCAAGAGGGCUACAAAUUGUUUGAGAGCAUGGCAGUUGAUGGUUGUCGUCCGAAUACAAUAACUUACAAUACGUUUCUAGAUUGUCUCUGCAAGAACGAUGAAGUUGAUCUGGCAUUGAAGAUCUUCUGUUCGAUGACAGAAAUGGAUUGCCUCCCCGACCACUUUACUUAUAACACAGUCAUCUAUGGAUUAGUUAAGGAUAAUAGAAUUAAAGAUGCCUUUUGGCUUUUCCAUCAGAUGAGGAAAACAAAGUAUCCAGACAGUGUAACCCUUUAUACCCUUCUUCCUGGAGUUGUGAAAGCCGGAUCAAUUGCGAAUGCUUUUAAAGUUGUUGAGGACUUUGUUUACCAGGAAAGGUUUCCGAUUAAUGGGUCUUUCUGGGAGAACCUGAUGACUGGGAUCGUGAAGGAGUCAGAGUUGAAUCAUGCAAUUUCUUUCGCGGAAAAGGUAGCAUCAGUUGGUCUUUGCAAGAAUGGCUCAAUUAUUGAGCCUAUCAUUAAGACGUUGUCCAAGCAAAAGAAAUCCCUUGAUGCCUACAAAUUGUUUGAGAAAUUCGUUGAGUCUUUUGGGCUUCGGCCAACUCUAGAAGGGUACUAUCAUUUGAUCGAGGGGCUUCUUGAUAUUCAUCUUUCAGAACUUGCAUGGGAUACCUAUGAAGAGAUGAAAAAAGCCAACUAUGCUGUUGAUGUUCCCACCUACAAUUUGUUGCUUGAUGAUCUCGGGAAGUCUGGGAAGGUAAAUGAACUUUUUGACCUGUACAAUGAAAUGCUUCAUAGAGGAUGCAAACCUGACACAAUAACGCACAACAUACUCAUUUCAAGUCUUGUAAAGUCUAACCAGUUAGAGCAAGCCAUAGACCUAUACUGUGAUCUUGUAAGUGGAGGCUUUUCACCCACACCGUGUACAUAUGGUCCUCUCAUCGAUGGCCUCAUGAAGCUCAAAAGAUUAGACAAAGCCAAGGCAUUGUUUGAUGAAAUGAUGGAAUAUGAUUGCAAACCCAACUGCGCUAUCUACAAUAUUCUCAUAAAUGGAUUUGGAAAAGCCGGUGACAUUGAAACUGCCAGAGAUCUGUUUGAUCGUAUGGUCAGGGAGGGGAUUAGGCCAGAUUUAAAGUCUUACAGCAUUCUAGUCGACUGCUUUUGCUUGCUGGGUAAAGUGGAGGAUGCCAUGCUCUACUUCAAGGAAAUAAAAACUGCUGGCUUUGAUCCUGAUAUGAUCUGUUACAGUAUUAUCAUCAAUGGCCUUGGCCGAGCUGGAAAAUUAGAGGAAGCGCUGGGUCUUCUUGCUGAGAUGGCAAGCAGAGGGCUGACGCCUGACCUUUACACUUUCAACACCUUAAUAUUCAAUCUUGGAGUUGCUGGAAUGACUGAAGAAGCUGGAAAUCUUUACAAGGAGCUUCAGCUCAUGGGUCUAAAACCCGAUGUUCAUACCUACAAUGCUCUGAUCAGAGCAUAUAGCAUUUCCGGGAACCAGAACCUUGCAUAUGAAGUAUUUGAGGAGAUGAUGGUUGGAGGAUGCACUCCAAAUAUGGGGACCUUUGCUCAGCUUCCAAACUAAGAGAGAUUUAGUCGUGGUUGUUUCUAUUAAGCAGGGAUUGUUUGCAUCGGCUUCUUCUUCAUUGUGCAUUUCAAUGGUUGGUGAUGACCCUGGUUCCAAUUCAGAAUGGACACACUCUACUCCAUGCCAUUUGAAGGUACAGCUAAUGUUUGGGAUUGGUAAAAAAUACAUAUAUAGUAAAUAGAAACUGUUCCAAGUUGUAUAGAUAGAAAGACUCAUACCGCUACUUAUGUGCAAGUUGUACUACAGAUCAUUAGAAACAUUUGAU